AUGAAAAAACAUAAUGAUAUAAUGAAGGAAAAGUUGCAAUUGAAUCGAGAUUAUUAUGAUAUUGUGGUACGGUUGCGCUCGGAUGUCUUUUUUGAAAAUAGAGUAGAUUUGUUGAAUUUUAAGGUCGAUGAAAAUACUCUGUACACACCAUUAAUUUAUAAUUGGGGAGGUGUGAAUGAUCAAGUGUCAUUUGGUUCUGUCAAGGUGAUGGAUUCCAUGUCACAAUUAUUUUUUGAAAUUGAGAAAAUCAAGGAUGACACGAAAGCGAUGUUUCAUCCAGAGACUUUUUUACACAAGCUCAUUGUACAACGUCAACACAAAAUUGAAAAUGUUCCCAUUAGUUAUCGAUUGAUUCGAAAUUUGCAAUUUGAAAGCCCAUCGGAUGAUGUGCGAGAACCAUUCGAUGAAUACGACUAUUCAUGA